AUGAGUUUGGUAUGUGAAGAGACUCCUAAUAGUGUGAAGUUGGAUAUAUUGAAGUUGACGAGUGGUAUUAUUGAAGAUAUCAAAGAGGUUCAGAAGACUGAUGGGGGAUGGGUUGAUCGACUUGUGUCAAUCAAUCAAAAUAAGGGUGGUGAAUUCAGAAUCGACGAGAAUAGUGUGAUGAGAUUCAGAGAUCAAGUGUGUGUUUCUGACGUGCUCGAACUUAAGAAGAGUAUUCUUGAGGAAGGACAUCGUGGUAAGCUAAGUAUUCAUCCAAGUGCGACCAAGAUGUAUCAAGACUUUAAAAAGAUGUUUUGGUUGCCCGAGAUUAAGAAAUAUGUUAUUGAAUUCGUCUAUGCUUACUUGACUUGUUUGUCAAAGACUUUGAAAGGAUAUGAUUCCAUUUGGGUGAUUAUUGACAGGUUGACCAAAUCGAAUUAUUUUAUACUGAUAAAGAUUAAUCACUCUUUGAAAAAGCUAGUUGAGUUGUAUAUUGAAGAGAUUGUGAAAUUACAUGACAUUCCUUCGAGUAUUAUAUCAGAUAGAGAUCCGAGAUUUACAUCAAGAUUAUUGAAGAGUUUGUAA